AUGGCCGCCUCCGCCGCCGGUUCCCUGCUCAACCUGGCGCAACGCAGUCUCGACCGUGUCUUCCCCCCCAGAUCUCGCGAGCAAGCCUACACCAGAAUCCAGGAAUUUGCGACCGCCCGCCCGCUUCUCUUCACCUUCCUCCUAACCCAAACCCUGCUCACCCUGCCGCCAAUCCUGCUCUUCACCACCUUCGCCCUCAGCACGCUGCUGUUCACCCUCCUCCUGGCGGCAGCAACCACGCUCUUCCUGGCCGGCGCGGCGCUGCUCUUCCUCUUGCUGCCCGCGCUCUGCGCCGCGUCCGCCGUCGCCCUGUGCGCCUGGGCCUGGGCCGUCGCCGCCUUCCUUUUCGGGCGCUGGGCGCUGCGCGCCGUGGUGCUGCGGCCGCAGCAGCAGCAGCAGCCUGCCCCUGCGCCUGCAUCUGCGCCUGCGCUUGCUCCUGCGCUCGCUCCUUCUUCGCCUGCGUCUGCGGCUACUCCUUCGUCCGCGCCUCCGUCUGGGUCGGCACCUGCUGUGGUGGGGACGGAGGAUAAGGAGGGCGAGCGUGGGGGUGACGGUAGAGAGGGUGAUCGCGGUGACGCUGGGGGGAAGGAGGGGGAGGAGAAGGAGGAGAAAGGAGCACAAGACGAGCAGAGGUUGCCGAACGUCUCUGUUACCGCCUGCGGGGUGGGCCCAUCCAGAGGAGAGGGCGCGACUGCCGUUGAGGAUGAAGGAGAAGGAGUGAGAGGGAGGGAAUGA